AUGAUGUUCAAUAAGAAGACCCUAUUUGCUGUCUCCAAUUUGAUUGCUUCUGUGUUGGCUCAAGAAGCUACCGCUCCAAAGGAUUCUGCCGUUGUCAAAUUAACUAACGAUAACUUCAAAUCUGUCGUCCAAGGUUCAGAUUUAGUCCUUGCUGAAUUUUUUGCUCCAUGGUGUGGUCACUGUAAAAAAUUAGCCCCAGAAUACGUUCAAGCUGCUAAGAUUCUAAAGGAUGAACAUAAUAUCACUUUGGCUCAAAUCGACUGUACUGAAGAUCAAGAACUUUGUAUGGAACAAGGUGUUCAAGGUUAUCCAACUUUGAAAAUCUUCAAGAACGGUGAAAUCAACGCUGAUGCUGCUCAAACCUAUCAAGGUCAAAGAACCGCUGAUGCAAUCGUCGAAUACAUGAUUAAAGCUUCUCUACCUGCCGUCAUCACCGUUGAAGAUGUCAAGGAAUUAGAUGAACUUUUAGCUAAUGCUACUUCUCCUGUCAUCGUUAACUACGGUGUCUCCAAGAUUGAUAAAAACUUCUUAUCUAUUGCUGACUCCCUAAAUGAAAUGUAUACUUUUAUCUCUGUUCCAUCUUCCAAAAAACAAAAUAUUUCUUUAUACUUACCAUCUGGUAGUGAAGAACCAAUUGUUUACAACGGUAAGAUCGAUGAAAUCGUUGAUGAUAAAUUGAUCUUGGAACAAUGGUUAAAAGUUGAAGCUUUACCAUAUUUCGGUGAAAUUGACGGUUCCAUCUUUCAAUUCUACAUUGAAUCAGAAUUACCAAUGGCUUACUACUUCUACGUCACCGACGAUCAAAUUGAUGACUACAAGGAAUACUUCACUGAAUUAGGUAAGAAAUACCGUGGUGAAAUUAACUUUGUCUCCAUCGAUGCUAAACAAUUCGGUAGACAUGCUGCUAACUUGAACAUGAAGGAACAAUUCCCAAUGUUCGCCAUUCAUAAUUUAACUGCUAACUUGAAAUAUGGUCUACCACAAUUAACCGACGAAGAAUACGCUGAACUAACUAUCCCACCUGUUGUUGAAAAGGCCGAUAUCACUAAAUUGAUCACUGACUUCAUCGAUCAUAAGGCUGAACCAAUCGUUCAAUCCGAAGAGAUCCCAACCAUCCAAGAAAGCAACGUCUUCAAGUUGGUCGGUAAGACUCACGAUGACAUUGUCUACGACAACCAAAAGGAUGUCCUAGUUAAAUACUAUGCUCCAUGGUGUGGCCACUGUAAGAGAUUAGCUCCGAUCUACGAAGAAUUAGCUGAUAUCCUAGCUACUGAUAAGAACGCUCAAGAUAAGAUCGUCAUUGCUGACAUUGAUGACACUGUUAAUGAUAUCAUGGGUGUUGAAAUCCCAGGUUACCCAACUAUCGUCUUCUACCCAGCCGGUAAGGACGCUGAACCAAUUCUAUUCGAAAGUGCUAGAACCGUCGAAGCUUUCCUAGAAUUCAUCAAGAACAACUCUGCUAACAAGAUCGAUGGUCCAGCCAUUUAUGAAGAAUACAAGACUGAACUAAAGGCUAAACAAAAGGCUAAGCGUCAAGCUGAAGCCGAUAACGAUGAUGAUGAUGAUGAAGAUGACUACGAUCAUGAUGAAUUGUAA